AUGUUGGAGAAGGCGUGGGUUCAUCUGUCAAGAGUUGAUCCUGCUUAUGAGAAGGGUGCAUGGGACUUUGUCCAAGCUGUGUCUGCGGGUGAUGGAGCUGAUAAGUUCAUUAUCUGCCCUUGCACAGACUGUCGGAAUGUAGAUCGGCAUUCAGCUGCAGAUAUAGUCGAUCAUCUGGUUAGAAGGGGAAUGGAUGAGGUGUACAAGCAGCGUAAGGACUGGUAUCAUCAUGGAGAAGUAUACUCUGUGGCUGAAGGCGAGAUGAAAGAGAAGCAGUGGAAUGAAGAGAUUGUUGGGUUGUACAGAGCUGUUGAGAAUUUAGAUGAAGAGUUACCUACUGAACGUGACUUCUGUGAGAUGGCAGAGGGAGAAGACAUGAAAGAAGAUGAGUUCUUGGCAAAGAUUGCAGAUGCUGAAACCCCAUUAUAUCCAAGCUGUGCAAACCAUAGCAAGUUAUCAGCCAUCGUGUCAUUGUUUAGGCUGAAGACUAAGAAUGGCUGGUCUGACAAGAGCUUCGAUGAUCUACUUGAGACGUUGCCGGAGAUGUUACCAGAGGAUAACGUGUUGCAUACAUCACUGUACGAAGUUAAGAAGUUCUUGAAGUCUUUUGAUAUGGGUUAUGAGAAGAUUCAUGCGUGUGUUAAUGAUUGCUGCCUGUUCAGAAAGAAGUUGAAGAAGCUCGACAGUUGUCCUAAAUGUAAGGCCUCAAGAUGGAAGAUUAACCAGCACACUGGUGAGAUCAAGAAAGGUGUCCCACAGAAAGUAUUAAGAUACUUUCCAAUAAUCCCACGGCUAGAGAGGAUGUUUAGGUCUGAAGAAAUGGCCAGAAACCUAAGGUGGCAUUCUACUAACCAGAGCAGCGAUGGGAAACUAAGGCAUCCCGUAGAUUCUGUGACAUGGAAACAGAUGAAUGACAAGUAUCCCACAUUUGCCGCUGAGGAAAGGAAUAUACGGCUGGGACUCUCUACGGAUGGAUUCAAUCCUUUCAACAUGCAGAGCAGUAAGUACAGUUGUUGGCCUGUGCUGUUAGUUAACUACAAUUUGCCUCCUAACCUAUGUAUGAAGAAGGAGAAUAUCAUGCUAACACUGCUCAUUUCUGGUCCACAACAGCCUGGUAAUAGUAUUGAUGUCUACUUAGAGCCAUUAAUAGAGGAUUUAAAUCAGUUGUGGAGCAAAGGAGAGUCAACAUAUGAUGUUGUGAGUAACACUGCAUUUACAAUGAAGGCAAUGCUGCUCUGGACUAUUAGUGAUUUCCUAGCCUAUGGAAAUCUAGCUGGAUGCAAAGUGAAAGGAAAAAUGGGUUGUCCUGUAUGCGGGAAACACACUGAUAGUAUGUGGCUGAAGUUCUGUAGGAAGCAUGUGUAUAUGUCUCAUAGAAAGGGUCUCCCACCAACGCAUAGAUAUAGGUCGAAGAAGGUUUGGUUUGAUGGACACGCUGAACACGGGAGAAAGUCUAGGAUACUAUCUGGUCAUGAAAUUUCCAAUAACCUGAAGCACUUUGUUAACAACUUUGGGAAUUUUAGAGAAGGUAGAACGAAGAGGAAAAGAACAGUGAGUGUUGAAGAAGACUGUGAUAUUGAGGACGUUUCCAGUGAAUCUGAGGAAGAGGAAGAAGAUGAAGAACUACCCGUGAGGCAUAAUUUGGACGUAAUGCACAUUGAGCGAAAUGUGGCAAAGAGCAUUGUCUCAACGUUACUUCACUGUGGGAAUUCGAAGGAUGGUCUCAAUACACGUAAGGAUCUGGAACAUCUUGGUAUUAGAAAGGAUCUGCACCCGAGGGCCAAAGGAAAAGGACUUACCUACCAGCAGCACCUUGGUCUUUGUCGAAGAGGGUUUUCAGUAGAAGAGUGUAAGGUAUCAGGUCUCAAAUCACAUGAUUAUCAUGUGCUGAUGCAACAGUUACUCCCGGUUGCAGUUAGAGGAUUAUUACCUAAAGGCCCGAGACUAGCAAUAUUACGGAUGUGUGCAUUCUUCAACCGGUUAUGCCAGCGAGUAAUAGAUGUAGAGCAGAUUUCAAAAAUGGAAGCAGAAGUUGUGGAAACUCUCUGUAUGUUUGAGAGAUUUUUUCCUCCAAGCUUCUUCGACAUAAUGGUUCAUUUGACAGUUCAUCUUGGAAGGGAAGCUAAACUAUGUGGUCCAGUCCAUUUUCGCUGGAUGUAUCCAUUUGAGAG